GCAGCCAGGUAACUGAAAGGCCGAACCAUCUUAUCCAAACUUAUCCGAUCCAAACCACAUCCAAUCCAAUCCAACACCGUCGUGAUCGUUCUAGUAGAAUCGAUCGCAGCAAAUCAGAGAAGACCUAGUAGCUAGGCGAUGGCCCCCAGCGCGUCGAUGCUGUUCCCGAUCUACCACGACGGCACCGCGGUGAAGGAGGUGGCGGAGGGUGGCGCCGGCGCCGGCGCCGGCGGCUUUAGGUUCGGCUUCCGCAAUGUCUUGUUCCCUACCGGUUUCCUGGCGAUGAUGACGCGGCGGAAUAAGGUGCCGGCGCCGCAGGUGGAGGCCGCCGAGGUGAAACAGAGAGGGCGCCACGCCGGCGGCAAUCGGGAGACGGAGGACAAGGCCGCGGCGCUCGGAAGCAAGUUCGAGGAGGCGGUGCGGCUCAGCUGCUGGGCGUCUUGAAGCCUUCCGCGUACGCGGCGUAGUCUUGUCUUACUUGCCAUGUAAAUAAAUCAGCAUGAACAGAAUGCAUUGCGCCGAUCGAGCAUCGAGGCCGAGGCAUGCAUGCAUGUGUAGAUAGAAUAGAACACGACUGUGUACUAUAUAAAUUCGAAUUUCCGUUUUCUUACAUCAAA